UCCUAAGGAUUUGACCUCCCAGCCUCACAGUUGCGCAUGCUCUAAUGGAGUUACUCCCACUUUAAUUUUUACUACAUACUCAAGGAUUUCUGAUUAUAGUUUUUAAUUUCGAUGUAUUAGACCAUUGUUUUUAGGUUGAUAUAUUAGAUCGUUUUAGGUGGCAUAAUAUACUUGGACCAAUCUUUGAUACUAGUGUGUCCUAUGCAAAAACACAACUUCUUGAUAAAUAUGUUCACUUAUGUUCGGAUACCCGUUCAGAUAUGCAAUCUAUUCUAAUUCAAUACUCGUUCAUAUUUUGGUUUAGUUUCGGUUUUGAUCCCAGUAAAAUUCUCAGGCCUAAACCAGUCCCAUACGCUUUAAUGAGAUACUAGUUUUUUUGGGUCUACAAGUUGGUUUUCUCUACUACCAGCUUGAAGAACACAGAGAACAAGUGUGUGCCGAGUGUUCUUCUUCCUUCUUCCUCUCCUAUCCUGUGUUUUUCAACCUGUAACAAAGAGAGAAAAUCUGUAACGUCAUCAUCACCAUACUGUGAAAUAGUGGCCAAAAGCCCCACGUAGAUGUAUGCACGAUUGCGAGGAACUCGUUAUAGUCAAGUUGUGUUAUAUAGUGUUUACUUCAAAUUCAUGCUGUCACAAAACAAGAUCGAUCAGUAUUUGAUUGCAUAAACAAAAUACAAUUUUGUAUUUUGUAUGUACUUUUGCCACUAGUCUGUUUUUUUUUUUGGUAAAAGCCACUACUCUGUAUCUUAGCAAAAACAUGAUCAAUUCUAAAUGGAUCGUGGCAACAAAGCUACUUUGCCAUUAUUAACUUCUUGAGCUUUUUUUGUUUGUUUUUAUCUUCCUCUUGCUCAUAAUAUAUUCUCAACUAUUACUCCUAUUUUAUUGUUUGCUUAUUCUUUUACCCUUCAUUAAUAUACACAAGUAACACAACUUGCGUAAUCUCAGUUUUUUUUUUUAAAAUGGAUGCAUUCAGAACAGCUGACUCAAUCCUCCACCUCAUUGACUCGGUCAUUCGAAAACGGAUUGCGAGCUACAGACUGGAAAACCCUGCCCUCUCCUCUUCCCUUCUGCAACGAUGGCUAGCCACUCCUGCAACUCCUGGUGUCUAAGUAUCUCGUCUGUCUCUUUGCCUCCUACUUCGGUUUCAUCGAGUUUCUUUGAUGUGUGCCUUAAUAUUAUUGGGCUAUCGCUCAUCGAUAUUUUGUUACUCCACUGGGUUUCUGUAACCCUCUUAACAACUAGCCUGUAUAUGGGCUUGUAAACAUUUGUAUUUUCUUUUCUUUUAUUUAAGCCUUCAAUAAAAACAACACUUGCGUAAUCCCAAAAGUAAACGUCUUUAUAUUCUGCCACUAGCUUAUGUUUUAAACUUGUAUAUUCUUCUCUAUUUCCUUUUAAUUUUUAUUAUAUGGCCGUUGUAGUUACGUAUGAAGCUGCAAAUAAACUUCUUGGAAAAAGCAUUAUUCAUCUUAGUUCUCAUGGUGCUAAUAUUAAACUUACAAGUGUCUGCUAAGACUUGUUCAAAGAGAUAGAGUCUUACCGUUCUAAAAAGCAACCAUUUCAAAUAAAAGUCCAAUUUAUUAUUAAAGACAAGUUUUACUAAGAAAUAUGAACAAAUAUUUCCCACCAUGGAAGUUGUUUUUUUAAUAUAAAUUAUUUACAUCACCAAGUUGCGAGCUUUGUUAAAACUCUGAUGUUCACCAUCCCAUGUUCUCAGAAACAGAGCAUUCACAAGAAACCCCAAAUCUUAAGAUAUUUUCAAGUGAUGACAGCUUGCAACAAGGUCAAAAUCAGCUUCGACAGGUCGGAUGAGACAAUACGAUGCUCCCUCGUUCCCCAUCUAUCCGCUGCUUUUGGUCGUAAAGGCAUUUCUGUGCUCACAGAUAAGCAUGAUGAAUUUUGCAAGUGCAUUGCUUCUGUUUUUAUUUUCUCUAAGAAUUACGUGUCCAUCAAGGAAUCUUUGGAUGAUUUCUUUAAGACUAGCCAACGGAGACAUGACAAAGUCCAUGUCGUGGCCACUGUCUUUUAUGGAGUCAAUAGAUCAGAAUUGGAGGGAAACUUCGCCAAGGCGCUCUUUGAGCAUCCUACUUCAUAUCAAGCAAGUCAAUUGCGCAGCGCUGAAGAAAUCAUAACUCUACCUGGCCACGAAAAAAUCAAUAAACAAAGUGACUGCGAAUUUGUGGAAAAGAUUGCUACUGAUGUUUAUGAGAAAAUCUUUCCGAAAGAACGAAUCGGAAUCUACUCAAGGAUGCUUCAGGAUAUAAGUAACUUGCUAUGCAGUCAACAAUGGGGAGUCAAAAGCAUAGGGUUUUGGGGCAUGCCAGGCAUAGGAAAGACGGAGCUUGCUAAAGCAGUCUUUGACCAAAUGGCUAGUGACUAUGAAGUAACUUGCUUCCUCCAAAACUUUCAUGAAACUUUUGAAACAAAGGGACUUUACAGUUUGCUGCAGGAACAUUUCAAAAACCUUACAAAUCAAAACAUUCCAAAAAGAGUUCUUCUUGUUCUUGAUGAUGUAAGGAAUCAUCUAUACGCAGAGUCUUUACUUGCUGAGCUUCCCUCGUUUAGUCUUGGAAGCCUGAUCAUCAUAGCCUCCAGAGAUGACCAAGUCCUUUCUCAGUAUCAAGUCAAUCAAACUUACAAAGUUGAAGGAUUAAACAAGCUCGAGGCUAUGCAGCUAUUUUCUUUGUGUGCCUUUGAAAAAGAUGUGAAAGAGACUAAUCUUCUUAAAGAUAAUUCUAUGAAGGUGAUCGAAUACGCUAAUGGAAACCCUUUAGCUCUAAGAGUAUACGGAAAAGAGAUGUCAUCACACGAGCAAACAAGUCAAAAGGAGACUUUGUUCCUCAAGCUCAAGCAAGAUCCUCCCCAUCAGAUUAUGGAAGUAGUCAAGAGUAGCUAUUAUGCACUAAAUGAUAACGAGAAGAACAUACUUGUGUAUAUUGCGUUUUGCUUCACAGGCAAACAUGUUGAAGAUGUGUCGAAACUACUACAAGACCUUGGUUUCUUCCCAGAGAUUGGGAUCGACCGGCUUGUGGCCAACUCUCUGGUGACUAUUUCAGAAAACAAGUUGGAAAUGCAUAACAUGAUUCAGGGGGUAGUCAAGAAAAUAGGGAGGUGCAGUGAAGACUCCAACACAAGUUUCAAAUGUGUAUUGGGCACUACCGACAUCGAAGCCAUAUCUCUGGAUGCAUCUAACUUAAACCCGGAUGUGGAACUUUCUUUAUUCAGAUCUAUGUACAACCUUAGAUACCUGAGUAUUUACUAUAGUAAUCCUGGAAAACAUGGCAAGGCCCUUGAGUCUUUCUCUCUGCCUUAUGGGCUUAGAUUUUUCCAUUGGGAGACUUACCCUUUGAAAUCUUUACCUCAAGAUUUUGAUCCAAGCAACCUUGUUGAACUCAACAUGCCUUACAGUCAACUACAAACUCUUUGGGGAGGAACCAAAAACCUUAAGAUGCUGAAGAGGAUCAACCUUAGACAUUCUCGGAAGCUGCUCGAAGUUAAUGAACUUUCAGAAGCUCGAAACCUCGAGCAAAUUGAUCUCUGCGGCUGUAAGAACUUGCAGAGUUUCCCAUCCAUUCGUAAUUUGCAUAAGCUCAGAGUUGUUGAUCUCCCUAGUUGCAUAAAGAUCAAAAGUUUCCCUGAGUUCCCAUCUAAUGUCGAAUUAAAAUUCGAGGGAUCACCCAUCAAGACCAUGUAUCCUCCAGUCCCACUGAUCAGAGUCAAGAGCUUAUGCGAGUUCCUAGACAAUCCGACAAAACCCUUGAACUUCGAGCGUCAUGGUCCCUAUAUCUUAGAUAUUCUGAGACCAGGAAGCUUCUUGAAUAGCCAAAAAAGGAUAACAAAUCCAGAUAUGGUGGAAACACCCCCUACAUUUAAAGAUAUAAUGUGUGAAAAAGCAAUCUUGAUGAGCCAAUGGGCGUUGGAAAACCUAAAAAGUUUUCGAAAAGUGGAUUUCUAAAAAGCACAAAGAGGAUAUAACCGGACCAGAUUCAGUAUAUAAAUAAAAGUCUUUUCACCGUUCCGUGUCAAUGUAUGACUAUAACAUUGUUCUGUUUGAGUGUGUUCAGUGCGCUUAUGUUGUUUUAAUAACCGUACUCAUCACAUGUUUUAUUCGAGUGUUUGUUUUUCUAAUUAUGUGUUUGUGGUUGAACUACUGAGCCUUCACUUGUUUUUUACUACCUUGGAAGAUUGAACCAGCACUAAGAAUCAACAGUCCUUAGUUAAUCAUGUAAUAGAUUCAAAUAGUUUUAAAAGAAAGGUUACUAAUCCUUAUCACAGUCAAAUACGAGAGAAUAAGAGUAGUUUCAGCUGGUGAAUCCCCCAACGUGUUUUAGAGAACUAGAAAGAAAGAUGGAGUGUCUCCGCAACCAAGAGGACUUUAACUCGAUAUGCCCCAAGCCCUCUUAAAAAAUCCCCGUAUGUCCCUUUAAUAUAAUAUAUAAUUUCUUUCUUAUUUUUUUUUUUAAAAGGAUAAUGUGGUUAAUGAGUGGCUAAAGACGAAUUGCUCCUUGAUAAACUAGAAUAUUUACACGGCCCAAUCUAAAGAUCCGACCACCCAAACCCAAUCACCAAAACCGACCCAAUCUAAAGCUAAAACGACCGCGUUUCGUUCCAACUAAACCCAUUGAAGCCCUCCGACAAGAACUAACCAAUUUUUUUCCCGAGAAAGUUUUUCUAUAACGCUUUCUCUUCUUCAAUUUGUGGAUAAACAAAUAGGAACUUUCGAUUCGUUUUUUCUUCUGUUCGUUCGCUGACCGACAAGAUAUCAGCCGGGACGUGGAGAGCGGCCGAAUCCUGAUUAUCAGUCGUACCAGCAGAAUCAUCAGAAGCAACAACGGCAACAGUGGUCACGUCGCGCUGGAAACGAUAAUGAGUCAAGAAGACGACGUCGACGUCACUCCUUUAAGUCACAAUCCUUUCUCUUAUCCUCAAGCAGAAAUGGCGACGACACAACUUACAAUAUCACCAGUUACUGUGUCGCCAAGAGCUUAGCCUCGAGUGCCUAGUUUGGAACUUUGAAACCAGGCACCCUUAAGCAGAGCCAGUUCCGUUCUUUGGUUGUCAAAGCUGCUUCUGUCGUUGCUCCUAAGUACGCUUCAAUUAAGCCAAUGGGAGAUAGAAUUUUGGUGAAGAUCAAGGAGGCAGAGGAGAAGACAAUGGGAGGUAUCUUACUUCCAUCUACAGGUCAAUCGAAACCUCAAGGAGGUGAAGUCGUUGCUGUGGGUGAAAGGGGAAUUAUUGGGAAGAACAAAGUUGAUAUCACUGUCCCUACUGGAGCACAAAUCAUUUACUCCACAAGUACGCUGGAACUGAGGUGGAGUUCAACGAUGUGAAGCAUCUCAUUCUCAAGGAAGAUGAUAUUGGCCUUUCUUAGUUGUUUAUCUUUUAUUUAUGUAUUUAGGAUGUUAUUUAAAUAUUUUGGAUGUUUCAAAUUUGGUAGGAUAAUGCUUUUGAAUGUUUAAAA